CGCGCAAGGCGCUGACAGCUUUUGGGCUACCCGGCGGGCCUGAACCACUGCAAUCGCUGCAUGAAGACCGACCCGCCAAUUUUUUUGAACAUUCAUUCGCGAUCGCCACGAGCAACGACAUUCACGCACGCCUCUCGCCCUCCACGAAACGACUUUCCUGCGGCAUUCACUGCACUUGAUUGAAAGACUCGGAAUCAUGGACGACUUUGGUGGUAACGAUGCCAAGUCCAAGGAGGUCGUCCGCCUCUGGCGCGCGUGGAGGACGGUUCACGAGAUGAUUGCGGAUCGCGAAUACGAACUGUCCGAAGAUGAAGUCAAGAUCUCCCUCGACCGCUUCCGCGAGGAAUACUGCUCCCCAGAUGGCUCUGUCAAUCGCGCCAAGCUCAACUUCUCCGCCCGUCCCAGCGAAUCCAUGAUGCGCAAGUCCGUGCCCGCGCCCACAGCCGCCAACCCGAACCCGGGCCCCGACUGCGGCCCCGUCUGGGUCGAGUUCCUCUCCGACAAGACCUUUGGCAUCCAGCAGAUCCGCGCGUUCGCAAAGUACAUUAUCACAAACAACUACAAAGCCGGCAUCAUGGUGUGCCACGUCGCGCUCUCGUCGGCGGCGCGCAAGUCGCUCGUCUCCGUGGAGAACAUGGUCAAGAUUGAGUGCUUCCUCGAGGACGACCUGCUCGUCAACAUCACGCACCACGAGCUGGUGCCCAAGCACGUCGUCCUGAGCCGGGAGGAGAAGGCGGCGCUGUUGAAGAGGUACAGGCUCAAGGAGACGCAGCUACCCCGAAUCCUGAGUAAGGAUCCCGUGGCGCGGUAUCUGGGGCUGCAGAGGAGUCAGGUUGUCAAGAUUAUCAGGACAAGUGAGACGGCAGGCCGAUAUGCCAGUUACCGUCUCUGUGUCUGAGGAGGAAGAAACCUGCAGGCGUGUUUCCAGUUGAGGGGGAAGGUCAAGUUGGCGUUUAGGGUUAUUGCUUGGUUUAUGCGUAAAUCCGAGAUACUCGGAAAUAGAAGGUCAUCAUCUAUAUUCAGGAAAUGCCAUUGUAAUCACUGUCAUUGAGUCCACGUAACAUGCUCCGGUCAUUGAGUGCGAAUGUUGUGCCAACAGUUCCAGCACC